AUGGCGCGGCCUUCGCGCGACCUCUCUCUGUGCGGCCACAAGCUUGGGCCAACAGGCGAUACCAGCUGGGAUUCCUACGCCACCACGAUGAAGACUGCGUUCACACCUAAAGUGGGAGCAGUGCCUGCUCUUGUGCGUCAAAAGAGUAUCAGAAGAUUAGGAUAUACAUACUCACUUAGUGACUCUAUUCCCAAUCAGACACAAUACAAUGAUGAGUACGUCUGGAAAGCAUAUUCUAAAGAAGAGUUGAUCAACCCUGGGACUUCAAGAGGAACCAGGAGCCACAAGUCUCACCCCAAUGAAGGCUAUUUUAUGUGGACACUACCUCAAGGUCAACAAAGGACAACAUUAAGGGGCUGCCCCCCUUCGACAAUCCCAGCUUCAAUGGAAGAAAUUAAGAAAGCGAUAUCAAAUCAGUUUGUUUCCAUUACUCGGAGAGACUUUGUGGACAUAGCAGAAGCUCAUAAGAUUAAGAAAAGUUCUCAGGUGUCUCUGGAACGGAAAAAGUUUCUUCCCCGACCUCUAGACACUGAAUUUCGACGGAAUUAUCAAAUUCCAGCUAAAAUUCCCGAGCUUCAGGAUUUUAGUUUCAAAUAUGGAUGCUACUCAAGCCUGCCAGUUGCUUCUCAGGGUCCAGUCCCGUCCAUGCUGCACAGCUGCAUAAGGAAUCAAGCGCGCACGAAGAAGCAGACCACAUACCAAAGCGACUACGAGAGAGCACACCUGGAUUUCUUGAUGCUUUUGGACUCCUUUUCUCCCUCUCAAGUCAAGGAGUACCUUCAGAGUGUUCCCUACAAAGACAGACAAAUUCUGGAUCGCUUUAUUCGUUCUCACUGUGACACUGACAAAGGGAAGAAAUGAAAAAGGAAAAUAGUUCAAAUGAAGAAAAUCUGAAAAUUAAUGGAAGUGCUAGGAACUGCCUAGUCAUUUUCUCAAUAAUCAAGGAAAAAUAAGACAGAAAUUGCU